AUGGCCAAGCGAAAGACAAGAGAGGAAGACGUCACGGAUUCUCAAGACCAAGACGAUCAUGACCACAAGUCACCAGCAACGGACAACGACAACGAGGGUCAAUCCUCUCAUGAUCACAAGUCACCCACAACGACCAAGGACAAUGAGAGUCAAACCCUGCCGCCAUUGUCUCAUGCAACACAAAGCCGAGAAAAGAAAAGAGCCAAGGGAGAUGCCAGUAAGGGUGAGGCGAUCGAUCGCUUGAAGACAACACAUCUGAGCAAAAAGCCUCUCAUGUCCCUCAAUGUUGGUAAAGCCAGGAGAAGCCGAGUACGCAAAUCUGGCGAUACGGAAUAUUGCGGCAUUCCUUCUGAACGCAUCAGGACACCGGAGCCAGCCGCACGCUCCACAGGUGAUUACUUUUGCAUUAUAUGUCGCUCAAGGUUUACCCGAGCUGAAGGCGUCAACUAUCACUUUGGAUCCUGUGUAAGAAGGUUUGGAAAUCCGUAUGGCAACAGGUGGAACGAUCAUCCAUCCUGCGCGCCCAAGGGUACGCGUACAAAUGAUGUCGCUACUGGCCCAUCGAACUCUGCGGCAUACUUGGACCUAGAAGAGGGGGAACAAGGGGUGGAACAAGAAGCGGAGGCCGCAGUUCCCAUACGAUAUGAUCCGACGACUCUUGCUUCAGACUUUCUGCGGGCAAUAGGCGAGCAUCCAACCCUGCCGGCGCUCAACGCGCAUAUGGAGGGUAUCAAACUUGUUUCCGAGCCAUCUGCUCGCGGCAGCCUCCUCCUCCGUUUCCAGUUCCAGAAGCCUUCAACCGAAGGUCAGGGGAAUGAUGAAGCUGAGAAUGUGGGCGUGGAACAGGAGGCAACUGCAGCCAAACGGAAGGCUUUUAGGGAGAAGAGAGAGGUCGAGAGGAAGGCAAGGAUCGAGGCAGAAGAGGAAUCCAACCCAAUGACACCACGCCAAUCGAGUCGACCUUCUCUCAGUCAAGACCCGAGUGGCAACGGCCCUUUGAGUCAGAAUCCUAGGGCAUCACAGCCAGGGGUACUGCCCAGUGAAUGGAUGAUGCGCCGCACCAAUGCUGGCUUAGUGCACUAUGUGCAUCAGCAUACUCAGAUCAUCACUCUUGACGAUCCUCGAUUGACAACUCAACCCCGGGCAAUAGCACGACACGGUGGUCUGCCCAGUGGAUGGACGAUCAGUCUGAUGGAUACUGCAAAUGGUCCACGGGUUUACUUUGUGGACCACAACACUAGAAGGAACACUUGGGAUGACCCUCGAGGGCCAUCUUGA